AGGAGGCAGUGAGCAGGAGCGCAGCACCUACAUCUGCAACAAGCGGCAGCAGAUCCUGCGGCUGGUCAGCCAGUGGGUGGCCCUGUACGGCCCCAUGCUCCACACUGACCCCGUGGCCACCAGCUUCCUCCAGAAACUCUCAGACCUGGUGAGCAGGGACUCCCGACUUAGCAACCUGCUGAGGGAGCAGUGGCCAGAGAGGCGGCGCCACCACAGGUUGGAAAAUGGCUGUGGGAAUGCAUCUCCUCAGAUGAAGGCCUGGAACGUGCCUGUUUGGCUCCCUGGCCAGGACGAGCUCCUCCACAGCAGCAAUUGUGCCAUCCGCGCUGGGGACAAAGUCCCCUAUGACAUCUGCCGGCCGGACCACUCUGUGCUGACCCUGCAGCUGCCUGUAACAGCCUCAGUGAGAGAGGUGAUGGUGGCAUUGGCCCAGGAGGACGGGUGGACCAAGGGGCAGGUGCUGGUGAAGGUCAACUCUGCAGGUGAUGCCAUUGGCCUGCAGCCAGAUGCCCGUGGUGUGGCCACAUCCCUGGGGCUCAACGAGCGGCUCUUUGUUGUCAACCCACAGGAAGUGCAUGAGCUGGUGGAGCUGAUCCACUACGUGCUGGGUCCCCAGCAUCUGCGCGAUGUCACCACCGCCAACCUGGAGCGCUUCAUGCACCGCUUCAAUGAGCUGCAGUACUGGGUGGCCACGGAGCUGUGUCUGUGCCCUGUGCCUGGCCCCCGGGCCCAGCUGCUCAGGAAGUUCAUCAAGCUGGCGGCCCACCUCAAGGAGCAAAAGAAUCUAAAUUCCUUCUUUGCGGUCAUGUUUGGCCUCAGCAACUCAGCCAUCAGCCGCCUGGCCCACACCUGGGAGCGGCUACCUCAUAAAAUCCGGAAGUUGUAUUCGGCCCUCGAGAGACUGCUGGACCCCUCGUGGAACCACCGGGUGUAUCGACUGGCUCUCACCAAGCUCUCGCCUCCCAUCAUCCCCUUCAUGCCCCUUCUUCUCAAGGACAUGACCUUCAUCCAGGAGGGAAACCACACACUAGUGGAGAAUCUCAUCAACUUCGAGAAGAUGCGAAUGAUGGCCAGAGCUGUGCGGAUGCUGCACCACUGCCGAAGCCACAGCAGCGUGCCUCUCUCACCACUCAGAAGCCGAGCUUCCCACCUCCAUGAGGACAGCCAGGUGGCGAGGAUUUCCACAUGCUCGGAGCAGUCCCUGAGCACCCGGAGUGCAGCCAACACCUGGGCUUAUAUCCAGCAGCUGAAGGUCAUCGACAACCAGCGGGAGCUCUCCCGCCUCUCUCGGGAGCUGGAGCCGUGAGGAGGGGCUGGGCUGGAGCAGGCACUUCCCGCUGGGAAAGCCAGGGCAUGCCCGGGCCAGGAGGCCCGCAGGCUGGCCGCAGCUGGGCAGGGCUCUCCGCAGAGUGGACUCGAGGCCCUGGAGUGGGCGGCAUGGAGGCAGCUGUCCCCUGUGAUGACUUGCAGCUAAGGAGGACCUUGGAGUGGAAACGAGCUAGGGCCCAAGACCAAGGAAUGGGGGACAGAGAGGCCCUGGGAGUGGGUGGGAGAGUGGAGUGGGUGCUGGGACUCUGUGUUCAAUAGAAAGCUCUCCACACCAGCUUUUUUCCAGA